UCUUGGCUGUGCAUGGGAUCCGAAGUACUCUUCUCCAGCACCACAUUUCAAAGGAGAUGAUUUUCCUUUUUGUCAGCUUCCUUCUCUGUCCAGCUCUCACAUCCGUACCUGGGAAUUGGGAAUACAGUGGUCUGAAUGAUUCUGACUUCACUGCUCAGUGACUUCAUAUUUAGAGCACCCAUAAUCUUAAGCAAGCCAGGUGAACUUCAUGAAGAAUAUAAAAGCCAACUGCGAAAGUUGAGAGGAGAGCAAUUUCAAGAAGAGAGAACAUCUGAGGAUUUUCUUCACAAGCUGAAUGUAGAGGACACUGAUGCAGGGAAGAGGGAAACGGAAGAGCAGAAGAAAGAGGAGUCUUUAACUGUCAAAAUGACCCAAGAACAGUUUCCAGAACGCUUCUCUGAUUCUGAGAAUGAGGAACCAUUCCAAGGCAAAUCUGCGCAUCGGUCAGCUUUCAUCUCCAAGGGAAGCACCUACUCAGGCGCAUUGUUGGCAGGAAACUUGAGCUCUAAAGUAGAAAGGAGCCAGAGCUGGAACGAUACCCUUCGGGAUAGAUCAAAAAGCAGGCAAAAAUCAGCUCCAGUCAGAACCAAGGUGAACCUGUUGACGAGUGCCUCUACUCCACUCAUGGGCGUUCUCUCCUCCGCCCGGAACAACCGCUGCCUCUCUGCCCCUGACUUGACAGCAGAUAAGCGUCUUGUUCUCAGCGGCAGCGCUGCUUCUUCACUCUCCCUCCUCCCAAAACCAGAGCGGUCUAUCAGCCCCGAGAGCAACGACAGCAUCUCUGAAGAGCUCAAUCACUUCAAACCCAUUGUUUGUUCCCCUUGCACUCCUCCCAAACGGCUUCCUGAUGGACGGGUUCUGAGUCCUUUAAUUAUCAAGUCUACUCCAAGGAAUCUGACCCGGAGUCUGCAGAAGCCAACCACCUAUGAAGCAAGUCCCAGGAUUCUGAAAAAAUGGGAGCAAAUAUUCCAGGAACGCCAGAUGAAAAAGACUCUCUCUAAAGCAACCCUGACGUCUGUAGCCCCUGAGGUGGGUGAGGAUUUUCUGGUUCCAAGUGUAAAUUUGCUGAUCAAGGAGCCACCACAGAUAUCAACUGACCUUCCACCACCCAAUACUGUUGCACAAACACAGGCAGAGUCAGACUGUUUCCCUUCCAUCUGUGCAGCAAAGCUUGACACCUCCUCCACUAUCAAGAGGGGCUUAGAGGCAGGAGCUGCUGGUCCAACGGCACCUGUGGCGAGAUCCAACAAGAACCCUCUAAAUGCCAGACUUUCUGAGGUCUCGGAUACAAAAUCGGCUUUACGCUUGGCUGGAUCUUGUCUGAACAUUGGUGCCAAAGUGGUGCCCCAAAAAAUCAGAGUCAACUCAGCGUUUCCAGAGAACAAUACCCGAGGCCCGUCCAUCAAAGCAGCUGGGAAGAAGAAGCUUAUAUAUCUGAAUGACAGCAAACUGAGCAAUUUCCAAAAUAGCAUCUGUAUCGAGAGAGAUGUGGGUGAGGAUCCUUCAUCGCUGAGGCGGGGCCGGAAGAGACAGUGCAAAAUGAAGCACCUGGACCAAGCCGGCUCUGUCAAAAGACUGAGGCAGGCGGCCUGUCACGCAGGGCUGGUAGCUCCCGAACCCCUGAGGAGGAAGCGGGAGAGGGAGCGGAAGUUGCAGCAGGAAGAGGAAGACCGGCAACUGGCCCUGCAGCUCCAGCAGAAAUUUGACAGCGAGAACAGGACAGUAGCCAGGCGGAGAGGGAGGGCCGACCAGUAUUUCCUGCGGUCUAAGAGCAUCACGAGUGCCAAGUAGCACUUAAACAAACAAUGUUGCCUUUUCUAGAAUAAUGUGAGCUUGAUAUAAAAGAAAAUAAUAAUCUGGGAAAGUGGAAGAGUUGUUCUGUUACCCUUCCAUUUCGCUACCCCAUCUGUAUUUCUUUCUUGAGGGUAAGAUGAGUGUAAAAGCUUGGCUCUCGAAGUAAGCCAUGUUGCAUCCUGGAUAUGCUUCUGAGAUGAUAAAUCUUCAUUCUCAGGAGUACAUCACCCUGAUCCAGAAGGACAUCAGUCUGUGACGGUGCUGGGCAAACUGGGAGGCAGGCUCUUUCCAAGGUCUUCAGUAAGCCAGUUACUGCUUUAUGACCCAACUGGGAGUAGAGGUCACUUAGGAACUGCCAUUUUUGUUGUUGCUUGCUGUGAGUUUCUAAGCUGAAAAGCAUCCUUAACCUGAAAGAAAGAGAGGGUCCAGCCAAUGAAACUUUGGAUAAACAAAUGUAUUUAAAUGCCCAGUGUAUUAUUUAGCCUUCAGAGAUGCAAGGACAGCUGCUUAUUCUGAAACCAAACGAAUCGCAAUGUUCUCUGUCUUUUCUGCAAGGCACACCUUUGGUAGAGUACUCCAGGGCAGUAUAUGACAUUUGCCCUUCUGAAGUCUGUUGCUGGAGUCAGACAGCAGGGUUCAAGGUACAAGGCAGCUCACUAGGCAGAACUAGAGACAGAGGGAAGUGCUUCUCUCUUGCUCCCCUCCAACAGACACAUUUGGUUAAGCUAGUCUUUUGUCACAUUCCUUUUCAGCCAGGCUGGACUGGAGAUACUAGCUAUUAGUCUAGGUCCCAGUCUUACUUCCAGUCUUACUCUGGGGACUGGAUAUGUGUGCAAGUGUAUUGUAUCAAUGGAGUGGCUGUGUCAUGUGGGAGGAUUCCUUCAAACUCUUUUCGGUAUCCAGUUUUUAAGAUUGCACAAUUUGCACACCACCCCUUCCCCAAUACAGUUUACAGAGAAACUGUCCUGUUCCUAACAUUUUUGAUUUGGAGGAGUGGGAGUGUUGACUGGCCCCUUGUAGACCUUCUCCUCCCAAAGCCAGAGGCGAGCCUUGCAAGUUCUCAGCUUUCAAGUGUAUUUCAAGGCCCAGAUUAGUUUUUUGUGGUUUCAUCCAGCUGGAGGCCUUUCUCAGACCUUCCUCAUGGGAAUCCUGAGUGAAAAAGUUAGCUUUUGGGUGAAUCCUGGCUAUUUUCCUCAGCCAAGUAUGGGCUCAGCUUGGUAGGAGCAGUCCAUCAGUGAGUUUUGUAAUGCUCCGUUGAAAAUCAAGGGGUGUCAUUGAGAGCAGGAAGCAAGCUGGAUAUUGGGAGAGGGAGAAUGCAAACUUCUGCUGUCUUGUGACAAGAAGCCGCAAGGCUGCGGACAUCUCUGCCUUUUAUCACUGACCAGUGGGGGGAAAGAGAGAGAGAGACUGCAGAGAUGUAGCCUCACAAAGAAGAAAGAGGGAGGCUGAGGGUUUCUCUAGAGCAAUGGUUCUCAACCUGUGGUCCUCUUUUGAGACUUCAACUCCCAGAACUCCUGAACAAUGAGCUCCAAAACAUCUCUAGGCCCAAAGGUUGAGAACCACUGCUCAAGAGGCCUUCAACAGAGAGACCUCUGGGAAUGUGGAUUAUUUGUUCAAGCCUGUAAUGGCCUUGCAAGCUACUGAAUGUAUUAAAGGUCCCUGCUCUCAUCUUUGUGCAGAGAGGUGUGGACUUUAAAACUGCUGCUUUUUGUCUAGCAGCGUUUUAUCAAACAGAGGUUUGGCUUAGUACAGUGAUGCCCAAAUUCUUAUCCUCCAGGUGUUUCUGGCUUCAGCUUCCAGAAACCUCAGCCAUCUUGGCCAAUGGUCUGGGAUUCUGAGAACUGGAGUCCAAAACACCUGAAAGGCCAACCUUUGGGAAUCACUGGCUUCAUAGUUGCAAGGGUUAGUUGUUCACAUAAUAGUCUAAAAAUGCAUUCAGUGUCUUGUGUAUUUCUUGCCCUUAUGGAUCUGUUCACAACAUAGUCUGGCUGGUUGGUAAAACAGAAAAGCAGCCACUCCUCGGCUCAAAUCUGCUGCUAUUGCUAUCUGUGAAUGCCAGCUUUCUGCAUAUCAUGUCUGCAAAACCUGAUCGUUGUUAAAAUAGGGUUCUGUUCAUGGCUCAGUUGGCUGGUCAAAAUGGGGGUACUGGUUCAUAACCCUUCUCUGACCCACUCCUCUGGGGAAGGAGUGCGGAGCGGGUGGGUAUUUGGACAGUCACAGAAGGGGGGGGGGGACUUUGAUAGCAAGUGAAUGUCUGCAACUGCCAAAGAUACAACCUGAGUCUGAAAAUCCGCUCCCUUCCCUGACCCUCUGAAAAGCCUGUCCUUUCAGGUUCUUUGUUGGAGCCAUCCACAGCGGACCUCGAUAAAGGAAGCGGAAAGUGCCAAAAGGUUGGAUUUUGUAAGAUGAUUGUAUUGCAUUUUGUUAUGCACCCAUCAGUGUUCUUCCUCUUCAGACUCAUUGUGGGUCACUGUUACGGAGGACAGGUCAAGCAAGCGCUUUGUUAACAGUGCUCUCAACAAAAGGAAGAGGAAAGUAUACACGCCUUAAAAGACUGUCUCAUGCAUCUUUUUUAAAGAAAACAGAACUAGUCUGGGCCCUCCUGCUUCAGCGAUCGCCUGCAGAGCUCCCUGAUGGACUCCCAGGAUCAUGGCUACAUCCAGAUGGACAGGUGGACACGAUGCUUGCGGUUUCCACUUUCUGAGAGGACCAGAGAAUAGUCUCUCAAAGCAACAUUCCUCGCCCAAGCUCUGAGUGUGGGCACAAAUGUACGUCAGAAUACAACGCCUGUCUGAGGUUUUGUGUGCCAACUCCACUUUGAGACCAGAACUGCACUGUGUUAAUAGAACUGGCCCCACCAUCUUCAUAAGGCUUGUAACAGAGGAGUCCAACAGGAAACAUUCUUCCUUCUGCAGCUGUUUAAAAGCCUUGCAAGCAGGUAUAGAAAUAGCUAUUCACUAUGCAAACAGACUACAACACCUUUUGAUUAUAACUGACAGGAUUUUGUGUCUGUCUGGUUUUCCUGGUGUUUUAACUGUCAAAACAGUUCCAAGAAACAAAAAAAAUAGGUGUUGCGGUAUUUCUCUCCUUCCCCAACUCCCUUCCACCCCGGUAUGCUUUAAAUCAUUUUGUGCUUUCAUGCGUAUUCUCAGCUCAGUACUUGAAAACCAGUGCAGUACAAGACAAAAGCAUCAUUUUUUGAGAUUGCAACUGAAUCACUCUGGCUUCAUCAGAUUUUUUUUAUAUACUAUAUAAAACAAAGCUGAUUACUGAGAAA